CCACACUGACACGCACGGUCACUCGCUCAACACACGAGAGUUGAACGACUCAGUCUACGGCUACGUCCAGCCGGUUGCCGAACGCCACUUGUGCGUCGGCUCCCAUCACCUUCCGCACCACUCUCACUGUCUGGGUGAACCUGGCGGCUCCGACCCCCAUGACGGGACGCUCCGUCGUGAAGAGGAAGGCGUGGGCACUGAUGGAGCUGCUGUAGAUGAAGAUGUGUGCCGUAAAUGUGUGGUUGGGCUGGUCGCCGUGCAGCACUAUCACGCGGAAAAAGACUCCUCCUAGCCCGCGGAGGGCAAAUUGGCGGAAGGUGCUGAUGGUGUGGCGGUUCCAGACGGGCGGCUGCUGAGUCAAGAGCUGACGCUGAAGAGAACGAGAGAUAUGACAAUGAGUGGGGGGGCUGCUGGUGAGAAACUCGUGUGGGUGUGGGUGUGAGUGACCAGACGGUGGUAGCGUGCGUUGGCAUCGUUGUGCGGGUAGACAAGAUGGUCCGCGACCUCCGAUCCUCCAGAACACAUCCUGAUCAGACACAUGAUGGCAGGACGGUGCAGCCACUGUGUGUUUGUGCAUCAUUCUCCUCAUCUUCCUCACCGACACAACACAGCGUCGCGAACUGAAGCAUAGUCAUUACCUGCAAACACACAUACACACACGCACACACGUGGUCCAUUGCCCAUAGCUCUCUGCCCCCCUCCCCACCUCCGUCAUCCUCACACACGGGGUUGGCGGGGUCGAGUCCAUUGUGGAAGGGGUGGCCGGCCGGCAGCGUCUGCAGUGUGCGGAUGGUGAGGGGACUCCCACCGAGCCGCUCCUCGCCAUCAUCGUCGCGCUCCAGAGCGAUGUUGAUGUGGCGCUGGAUGAGUGAGAGCUGCCGCAGCGCCUCACACCGCCCGUCGAACACCGCCCGCCUGCCCACCCCCUCCACAUCAGCACCGGUCAGCUCUAUCGGCAACCGCUCCACCCGCUCCUGGUGCUUGGCCACCCUCACUAUGGGCUCCCACCCCGCCCACUCGCCGCUGUUGUCGAUGAAGUACACCAGCCGCAGCAGACGACCGAUGGAAGUCAGGUCAGGGGAGAGCGUGAUGAUGUCUUUGAUGCCCUUGGCGGCCAGCUGGGCGUCUAUUUUUUCCUUGACGCGCUGCAGCAGAGUGCUCUCGAUGGUCUCCUUGUUAUGGUGCAGCCGCCGCUGUUGCUGGGUGAGGGAUCUGCUGGCGAUCUGUGCGAGGAGUGCGCGUCCGUUGGCCUCCGAGCGGGCCACUUGGCUGAUCAAGAAGGGUAGCGGUUCUUGAGGGCUGGUGGGGCGGCCGUGGCCCGACGAGGACAUUGCCUGAUGGAUGGAUGGAACCAACAUGACAGCAGAGAGGCACCGUGAAUCUCUGUGUGUGCAUCCUUCACCUGUGGCUGAGGCAAGUGGGCUACAUGGGCAGCAGCAGCAGCGGACGAGGACGACGCUGCAGCCGCCAUGCCAGAUGCAAGAAGGAGAGGGGCGAG